UCUUCAAACUCUCUCUGUUGUUUGUUUCUUCUUCACAAAUCUCUCAAAACCAUUUGUUUUCUUCUUGUUUUGCAACCGCAGAUCCGUGUUUCUUCGGGUCUCAUCACAAUGAAUGGCUUUUCUGAUCUUAAUCCUUCUGAGAGCAAACCUUCUCUGUCACAUUUAGCUCCAUUAGAAGCCAUUCUGUUUGAUGUUGAUGGAACACUCUGUGAUUCAGAUCCCAUCCACCUUAUUGCCUUCCAAGAACUGCUUCAAGAGAUUGGUUUUAACAAUGGUGUCCCAAUUGAUGAGAAAUUCUUUGUUGAGAAUAUUGCUGGAAAACACAAUUCUGAAAUUGCUCAAAUUCUGUUCCCUGAUGAUGUUUCAAGAGGGUUAAAAUUCUGUGAUGAGAAGGAAGCUCUUUAUCGCAAAAUUGUUGCAGAAAAGAUAAAGCCACUUGAUGGGCUUAUAAAACUGACCAAAUGGAUCGAAGAUCGUGGAUUGAAACGAGCUGCGGUUACAAACGCUCCAAAAGAAAACGCAGAGCUCAUGAUAUCAAAACUUGGUCUGACUGAUUUCUUUCAAGCAGUGAUUCUUGGCUCUGAAUGUGAACAUCCCAAACCACACCCUGGACCUUACUUGAAGGCUCUCGAAGUGCUUAAAGUGUCAAAGGAGCACACUUUAGUGUUUGAAGACUCGAUCUCUGGGAUAAAAGCUGGAGUUGCAGCCGGAAUGCCUGUGAUUGGACUUACUACAGGUAAUCCAGCAAGCCUGCUUGUGCAAGCAAAACCCGCUUUUCUCAUCGAGAACUAUGCGGAUCCAAAACUGUGGGCUGUGUUGGAAGAACUUGAUAACAAUUCUUAAGUCUCACUUGUUUGGCUUAUGGAGCCCACACAGGCAUGAGCAGCCUCUGAAGUUUACCUUAUGCCUUAGUUGAUCAAUGAUCAUUGUUGAAUAAUUCUUUGGGAGUUGAUGACAAUUAUUAUUUUGUAUUGAUCAUACAUGCACAAUGAUAGAUUUGUAUCCGGAAAUAGUUGCAUAAACCAAUAAACUAUAUGCUCGGAUCUUUGGCUUACUUUCAUUGAUAUUUUGUUGUUUUGUGUGGUA